GACAUCACUGAUGUUAUGGCGGAUUACAACAAGCACAGCACCAAGCGGCGCUCUGAUGAUGGAGCAGGACCGGAGGAGAAGGGAGACAGUGUGAAAACUAAGACUGUCUCUUCCAGCUUGGAGGAGGGGGGGGGGGGCGUGGGAAAACGCUCAGCCCGGGAGGUCAGCCCCGGCCCGGGAAGGGAAUCAACCUCAAGCCACCCGGUACCCCCGGCCCCCAAAGUCUCCAAGACAGGGUUUGGUCUGAUUAGCCAGCCGAUAAAGAAGCCUGCACCCAUCUCCAUCAAGCUGGGUGCUAGUAAACCCAAAGAGCCUUUACCUGUACCUGCCAAGAAACCAGCUCUGGCCUCGGUUUUCAAUGACGACUCUGAUGAUAGUGAGGAGGAAAUGCCUGCAGAGGCCAAGAUGAGGAUGAAGAAUAUUGGCAGGGAGACGCCAACAUCAGCAGGCCCUAACUCCUUCAACAAGGGGAAGCAGGGAUUCUCCGACCACCAGAAACUUUGGGAGAGGAAACUCAAGUCUCAGACGGACACUGACCAAUAGGACUCGUCCUUAUUGGUUAUCAGUCACAGAAGGACAAGUAGGGCUCGGCCUGACUUGGUUACCGUGAUGACAGUCAAAAUGCACAGUGUGUUUGUUUUGAUGUGGAGUGACGUCACCUUGGUUAUGCGUGCUUUUGCUUCCUCGUUUGUCUGUUGACGAUGGUGUAAAGAAAAUGUACAUAUCUAAUGAUGGUGGAAACAUUUGUGCUGUUUUUUAUAUAUAUAUUUUUUGUGUGUAGUUUGUGUGUGUGGGCGAUAACGGCGUACCAGACCGUGUGUAGGGAAGAGCAAUGAGGUGAUAUAUUUUGUGAGUGGGAUACCUUUGAGACGACUAGAUAACUUCCUUUGUCCUCCAGGAUAUCUCGCUACAUUUUGACAGACAGAACUGGAUCUUCACUUCCUGUACCAACCUUUGUCUUCCUCUGAAUUUGGCACCGUUUGUCAGACAUUUAUGGAGGGACCCCACAGACAUUUUCCUGUAAUACCUGGGGUCCACAUGAAAUAUUAACACUGAUAGUAGUCCAAUAAAAAUCCAUUACUUCAA